GGAGGAGGCCCGGGAAGGGAAGGAGGAGAGGCGGAGGGGACCGAGGGAAAGCCGCCGAGAGAGAACGGGGACUGGCCAGGGAGGAGGGAGGGAGCGGUGGGCGCGCCGGCCGCCCGCCGCCUCCCGGCCUCUCUUUUGUCCCUUCCCUCCUCCCUGCGUCAUGCUCCCCUGGCCCGGCCUCCCCUCCCGCUCCCUCCUCCGCCCCGCUCCUCCUCCCCGGGGCUGGAUGGAAUUUUUUCCCCUGGACCGGGGCCAGCUCCGGGGCAGGGGGGAAGCCAGGCCGGACUGGGCUGGGCAGCGGGGAGGGGCCGGGCGGGGGCCCCCCGGGGAGGGGGCUGGUCCGAGCCGCGCCGCCAGCGGGGUCCUGGGAGGGGAGCCCCGGACCGCAGAGCCGGGAGGCGCCGGCCGGAGGGAGCGGGGACUGGGAGGAGGAUGGCGGCGGGAGGAAGGGGAGAGGCCGCGGGCGGCGGAGGCGGGAGAGGAUGGAGAGGACUCGCGGUGGCCGGCCUCCCGCCGGGCCCCGGGCUGGCGGAGGAGACCCCUUCCCCCGACGCGGGAGCCGCGGGAGCCAUGUGGACCAGGGCACAGGGCCCCCGGAGGGUCGAGCAGUGCCAAGACGCCUUCACCGCUGCCUUCGAGGGCCUCUCCAACAUGCAGAUCAACUACGAGGAGCGAAGCCGCCUGCAAGACGCCUUCACCCAGAUGACCCUCUCCCUCCAGGAGGCGGCGAUGGCCCAGGGGUCCUUUGAGGACGCCUUUCCUGCUGCUGCGGAAGAAAUGAGGCAGGUCAUUUCACAGCUUAAAGAAGUUCAUCCCUGCGUCCCUCCCUGCGGGGUCCAGGAGGUCGCCCGGCGUUUCCUUUGCCACAAGUGCUUCUCCACCCUCUGCGACCUCCCGCUGGACUGUCCAGUCCAGGACGUGACGGUGAAUCGGGGGGACCAGGCUAUGUUCACUUGUGUCGUGAACUUCCAGCUGCCACCGGAGGAGAUCACCUAUUCCUGGAAGUUCGCUGCGGGAGGUAUGCGCACUCGGGACGUGGCCUACUUCAAAGACGUGCCCCAGGCCCGCGGGUACCUGGCGCGGAUCCGGCCGGUGCAGCCCAAGCACAGCGGCACCUUCUCCUGCGUGAUCAAGCACGACCAGCGCCCCCUGGCGCGGCUCUACUUCUUCCUUAACGUGACGGGCCCGCCCCCGCGCGACGAGACGGAGCUCCAAGUCGCGUUCCGGGAAGUGUUGCGCUGGGCGCCGCGGGACGCGGAAAUGAUCGAGCCCUGGAGGCCCACCCUGGGCGAGCUGCUGACCAGGCCCGAGGCUCUGACGCCGGUCAACCUCUGCCUGCUCGCCGCCGUCGCGGCCCUGGCAGCGGCGAUGAUGACCAUGCUGACAUGGAUGUUCUUUCGAUGGUACCUCAGUGGCAACUAACAAAGCUAUCUCUUCCUUAUCCUAUUUCCAUUCCUAAAAUAAAGAAUAUAUUUCAGAUUCUGG